AUGGUGUACGGCACCGGGCAGUCGCCCUCAGCUAACAGUCCGGAAUUUGAUCAAUUCAUAGAUCCAGACAAACUCCUCAUCUCUUUCAAAGACAAUCUAACAGAGAAUGGUGGUAUUCGAAAGUCUUCCAUCCCUGCCCUCAUAAAUUUGAUGUCCGAUACGAAUGGAAAGCUCGUUCCCAAGUGCGUUUCCUUGUGCAUCAUAGCGGCCUCUGAUAAUGCCUCGCGAGCCCAAUUGUGUCAAAGUGGUGCUUGGGAUAUCCUCCUCAAAUGGCUUCAAGAGGCUCUGAAAGAAGACCACCAGUCAUUUCUGAUAGAACUUCUGAACGUGUACCUUAACCUGCCUGUUCGCUUCGAGAAUCUCACCCAAAAUGUCUGCCCGAAGUUGAUAAAUUCUCUCGCAAAGCGUUCAGAAAACAAAGCUGUUAAAUCGGCUGCUGGCGAAAUCGUGAAAAAAUGGAAAGGAGUCAUCAGCCGCGAGACGCGGCGCGAAGGCAAUGUCGAACCGCCUGUCAAAAAGAAGCGCCCUGAAUCGAACGGGAAGGCAGAGGUGACUGAAUCAGAGCAACAUGCGGCGGUGAAAGACCCCAAGAAGCGCCGUUCUACCGUAAAGAUGCCGCCAACUGUUAUGCGUACGGCGGGCAUAGAAGACUCCGUGGAACAGUUUACGCCUAAGUCACGCUCCGAAGUCCUUUCAAAGAAAAGCAGGCACGAUUCGUCUGAAAAACCCGCACCCAGUCUCCCCAUAGAGUCAUUUCAUCAGAAAAUUACAGUAGUUCCAACGGAACCAAAGAAACGUAAGCCCACUCCUGCUGAUUUUCAUUCUCCUUUAGCGACUUACGGUCUCCAUGAAAGUUCAAAUUUCAUCAAUUCAUUAACUACGACACCGCAGCCUGUAGUACGUAAAAAACGGAAAAUUGCAAAACCCGAGGCACCUAUCACUUCCGAAGCUGUCGAUGAAAACGAACGAGGUGGGUCAGUUUUUAUGGCGCGUUAUCAGACAAUAUUCUCAAUUGCUCCAACACUUUCAGUCUUUUUACCUUGCAUCGCUCCACUUUUAGUUAACGUGAACAGGAUCUCUUUGGCUGAAAUUCGCCAGAAGGAACUUUCCUUAGAACGGCAGUUGUUCAGGCGUCAUGAAGAAAUUGAAAUCAAAGAUGCGAAGUGGCAAACGCCUGCACCCCUUGAGUUGACCAUUCUCGUCGAACCUGGCUGCAAAUCUGUGGAGCGGCAGCUCCAGCGCGAACGGGAACGUUAUGUGUUGCAAGCCAUUUACUUUACUCGCGAGAGUAUACCACCUUCCCCUGAAGAGCCAGAGAAAGAAGAGUUCGAGUCUGCGUCUGCUGUCGAAAUUCCUUUGGAAGAUUUACACGCGAAGGAGCAUCCAUCAGAGAAGGAGGACCUGCUUAUCAUCAAAGAUCAGGGGGAUGGAAAAGCGAAGGUGUCGCUGAACCCCGAAGUAGCGGACCUCGUACAGUCGCUGGUUUAUAGUUUCAACCCCACUUGUGAAGUGCCAACUCCUCUCACCCAAAUUCCGCCCACUACAAUAUCUGCAGGCGAG